GUAUCGUCGUCUUUUUUGUCAGCUAAGAAGAUAAUAAAAAUUAAAACACAGAGCCGUUCGUUUGGCUGAUUCGAUUGUACCAACUUCCGACAAAGAUUCCACCUUUUCCGAUUGUUCGAUUUCUUAGACCUUGAGCUUCUCCAUUGGUUCAUCGAUCAUUUCUUCAAGCAAAAGUCUCUCUUUUUUCUUUGCAAAUUUCGCCCAAAGGAAAAGGGUACACGUUGUUACAGCUCCUCACCUUAUCUCUGACGGAAAAAUCGAAGCUUUCUCUGGGUUUUGCUCAGUAGUAAUUCGAUUUCCGUAUAGUUUUGGUACAAAGUGGAAGGGUUUUGGGCAUUGCUCUGUGGCCUGAUUCCUGCGUUUUUAGGUCUCUCCUUGAGGUUGAAUUCGUUUGGGAAUUUUCAGAUAACAUUUCUGCCUGAAAGUGCCUGUUAACUCUGGUUCGAUAGAGUGGGGAUUGUUUAAAGCCCUGAGCUUUCAACUUCUUUCAUUGGAUUGGUGUUUGAAUUGGAAUGAAGAAGGAGAGAUUGUACUGUUGUAUUUUUGGGUUGCUCUCUUGAUUCCUCAAGGCAAGAGAGGACGAAAUGGAUGUUUGGUUAAUCGCAGCGACUGCUGCUACGGGAUAUAUAGCUAAGCAGUUGCAGAAUGUAACCAAAGGUAAAGAUAACGUUCUUGAAUCUUCUUCUGAAGAUGUGAAGCCAGAAUCUCCUCCUGGUUGCUUGCUUAGCAGAUUAGUAAGAGUCAAAAAGGCUAAUGAAAAUAAGUUUGGGGAUGAGAAAAUGCUAUCAGAUGGGGAUAAUCCAGAUGCAUCUACGAGUGGGGAAAGCUCAGGAUAUUACGAAACUAACCAUUCAGAUACUUUGUUCGGUUUGAUGCCCGAGUUCCCGGAGAUGGAACUGGGGACUUGGAAAACCAGUGGUAAUCUUGUAGGUGACACACAGUUGAAUUCUUCAUUUAGGAGAAACCAGCGGUUCAGGCGAUUAAUCAAACCUUUGAGUUCGAUGGAUAGCUGCUUAAUGUCUCGGUUUCAUAGAGAACAAAUGACCAUAGAAGAUUACAUGACUAGCCCAUUUCCAUCACCUCACGCUUCAGUUUCAAGGCCAUUACUUGUCACUGAUGGUACUCGAGUAAUUAGCAAGAGUGCUGCAGAUUCUUUGUGGCUGAGCCAACAUAUUGUUCUCAGUGAAGAUAAGGCUACAUUAAGUUGUGGAGUCCCCGGAGUGGAGUCUUCGAUUGAGAGAGUGGGAAAUGAGAAGAGCAAGAGUAGAAAACAUGGACUAGGUGAUGCAACAAUGUUGUUACAAAUCGGGAUCUCGAUUGGCAUCAUGUCCUCAUUUAUGGCAAGCCAAGCCGAAGUGAGCAAAGUCAAACAAGAGCUGAAGCAAACAGAGAACUUGGUGCAUGAUUUAGAAGAUGAGCUUGAGAUGAAAGACACGUUGAUAGUGAAGGAGAUAGAUAUUGAAAAGGCAGCUGAGAGUUCAGAAUCUAUAAGUAAUAUUGAAGCAGAGCUUGAAGCGGAACUUGAAAGGCUAGAAAUUAACAUGAAUUCCUCCAACAUUGAGACAAGACUCUCUGAUAUAAUAGAGAUGGAGCCGGAUUGUGAGGUAGAAUUUGCACAGGGUGAACUGAGAGCUGAUCGGGUUAAAGGGAAGCGUUUAGAUGAAACUGAGUCCAACCAAGACCCAAGUGGUAACUCCACACCUGAGUCAGGAAACUAUGCUGUCUCACCUCGCGAAUUGAGCUUGCGGUUGCAUAAAGUUAUCAAUUCACGUCUUGAGAAACGGAUUGGAGAGCUCGAGACUGCACUCCAAGAGAGCCAAAGGAAGGUAGAGCAGCUAGUCAUGGAAUCAGAAAGCAAGAAGAAGUCAUGGUCAAGAUUAUGGGAAACCCGUGAAGUGAUGACCUAUAAGAGUGAAUCAAAAAUCCCAGUUGCUAUAGAGCACACCAAGACUAAUCUUGCGGAGAUGCAACCCCUGGUUAUGAACUUAACUGGGGAAGCACUUGAUGCAUUCAAUGAGUCUUACGACGAAUUGAUGAAAAUAAACGAUGACUCGGAAGAUGAUGAUGGUGAUUCACCAUUGGAGAUGCAAGAUAGCGGGAUUCACCAAGAAGAUUUAUCUUCAACAAACAAAAGCUCACCUUGGAGCCAUCACAAGGAUGAUUUCAAGGUGCAGGAGCAGGAGCUGCUAGACCUUAUUGGUAUUGAAGACGAAGAAGAAAAAAGCAGUGACUUUGUGAAUGAAAUGGAGAAGCAACUGAUAAAGCAGAUUGUUGAGAAAACAAAACAAGGGUCUCCUGUUGUGUUGAAUGCACAGAAGAUGCUAUUUCUCAUGGAAGAAACUGAACAUAAUCUGUAACAUUAGGCAGCAUUAGAGUUUUGCGUGGAUGGAAUUCUUAAGGUCUGGUUAGUGUGUAGGCCACAAGCAAAGUUGAUACAGAGCUCACUUUUUUGGUU